AUGGCUUCCUCAUCCUCUGCUUCCUCCGUCAUCUCCUUUGAAUCCGAGACAACCCGAGAGAUGACCCCGGAGUUCGACCCCAUUGCUGCCUACGAGGCCUGGUCAGAAGAUGAUGAAUCCCUGACCGACGGCGAAGAUCUCCAGCUCCUCCUUGGUAGGGAGCUGGAUGAAGACGACAACGACGACACGUCCUGGGAAGGGAACUUCUUCUCCUCAGAGGAAGAAGUCGAUGACGCAUCGACCGAGGAAGACUCGGCAGCAGGAGGCUUCCUGCGUGGCGGGUCAUCGGAGGAUGACGAAGAAACCGAUGGCGGCAUCGGCUACAGCAGUGAUAGUGGUGGAGAUGAUGGCAGCGACGACGACGGCAGCGACGACGACAGUGACACCAGCGCAGCCCCUCCGAUCAAGCGCUGCAAAGUCUCAGGCACUUACUGGUGGUAG